GCAAAGCCUUUGUUUCAUUCCAAAGUUCUCUUUCUUUGUACAUUUCACCAUGGAACUCACUUUCAAUUUCCUUCUAACUCUUAAUUUCUUUAAUCCCAAUCACCAAACCUGCUUUCUUUUCACCCUCCUUGCCGCUUUUCUACUGAUUAUUUUUUAUGUCAAACUUUCUCGACGGCGCUUGCAGCUUCCACCAGGUCCUCACGGCGUCCCAUUGCUCGGGAAUUUGCCGUUUCUAGACCCAGAACUUCACACUUACUUCACAAAAUUGGGCAAAAAAUAUGGCUCAAUUGUGAAGCUGCAGUUGGGUAGAAAGAUUUGUAUAAUCGUCAAUUCACCAUCGGUGGCACAUGAGGUGUUAAAAGUCCAUGAUAUUACAUUUGCCAAUCGCGAUGUUCCCCAAGCAGGUCGAGUCGCAACGUAUGGCGGUUUUGACAUAACUUGGACCCCAUACGGACCCGAGUGGCGGAUGUUGAGAAAAGUUUGUGCUAUCAAGAUGCUUAGCAACGCUAGUUUGGACACUGUCUACGAGCUCCGCCGUAGAGAGGUUAGAAACACCGUGGCUCAGUUGUACCCGCGAGCCGGGUCGGUGGUGAAUGUGGGAGAGCAGGGUUUCUUGACGGUUUUCAACGUGAUUACGAGCAUGUUGUGGGGUGGGUCAACACUGGAAGGAAAUCAAAAGGAGGCCGUUGCGGCUGAGUUUAGGAAGAUGGUUUCGGACAUGACUGAGUUAGUAGCCAAGCCUAAUAUUUCUGACUUUUUUCCAUGCUUGGCAGGUUUGGAUCUCCAAGGAAUUGAGAAGCAAAUGCUUAAACUUGUUACGAAAUUGGACUCCAUCUUUGACAAGAUGAUUGAUGAACGAUUGAGAAAGGCGGAUGAGGAGGAAAAUAGGGAUAAAAAUGAUUUCUUGCAGUUCUUACUUAAAGUCAAAGAUGAAAGCGAUUCCAAAACACCUCUGACAAUGGUCCAACUUAAAGCCUUGCUAAUGGAUAUGGUUAUAGGUGGAACAGACACAUCCUCAAAUACCAUUGAAUUCGCAAUGGCAGAGAUAAUGAAAAACCCAAAAGUUGCAGAAAAAGCCAUGGAAGAACUAACUGUCGUUGUUGGAAAACAGAGCAUUGUAGAAGAGUCCCAUAUACAGAGUUUGCCAUAUCUGAAAGCCGUAAUGAAAGAAACCUUGCGUCUGCAUCCAAUUCUGCCGUUGCUUGCGCCGCACUGCCCGAGCCAAACCACCAUCAUCUCCAAUUACACAAUCCCAAAGGUCUCUCGAGUCUUCGUCAAUGUCUGGGCCAUUCAGCGAGACCCCAAUCACUGGGAGAAUCCAUUGGAAUUCGACCCAGAGAGGUUCUUGAAUGGUAAAUUUGAUAUCUAUGGGAGUGAUUUUCGUUACUUCCCGUUUGGGUCCGGCAGAAGAAACUGUGCAGGUAUAUCUAUGGCAGAAAGAAUGGUAAUGUAUUUGCUUGCUACACUUUUGCAUUCCUUCGAUUGGAAAUUGAAAGAAGGUAAGAAAAUUGAAAUUGAGGAGAAAUUUGGGAUUGUUUUGAAGAUGAAGAAGCCUCUUGUUCUCAUCCCAACGCCUAGACUAUCAAACCCUACUCUGUAUCGGUAAGCAAAAUUUGCUUUUACUUCUGCCAUUGUUGUUCCUAACUCAAAGCUUGCAAAUUAUGUUUCCUCUCAUACUAAUAAGUGCACGUGUAUUCUCAUUAUAAAUAAAAGGUAAAUCAUACUUUUUCUUUCAGGCAUGAGAA